GCACCACUGGGGGUUCGGGGGGCAGAGAGAGGGGUGCCCCGGCAGGGGGCCCACGGGGCCAGGUGCCCCCCGGGAUGGUGGGGCUGAAGCCGAGGCCGGAGGGGACCGGGGGACGGCUGCGGACAAGUGCCCGGGCACAGGGACGCAGCGCCAUCCUGGAGAAGUUUGGAGGGGCAGCCAAGGGCCCAGCCCCACACCUGAAGCGGGCAGGGGGCACAGCCACGGUCAAGGCCAUGCUGCUGGAGUGGUGCCGCGCCAGGACCCGAGGGUACCAGCACGUGGACGUGCAGAACUUCUCGGGCAGCUGGGGCAGCGGCCUGGCCUUCUGUGCCCUCCUGCACAGCUUCUUCCCUGACGCCUUCGACUUCACGGCCCUGGAGCCCGGCGCCCGACGCCACAACUUCACCCUGGCCUUCACCACCGCCGAGGAGCGGGCGGGCUGCCCCCCGCUGCUGGAGGUGGAGGACAUGGUGCGGAUGCCGGUGCCGGACGCCAAGUGUGUGUACACGUACCUGCAGGAGCUGUACCGCUGCCUGGUGGCCAAGGGGCUGGUGCGGACCCGGCAGCGCUGAGGGGGGAACCCUGCGGUUCCCUGUCCCACGCCAGGACAGCACGGGGCCACAUCAAGAGCGGGAAUAAAUUUAUUAACUCAG